AUGAGCUUCCGAGGUUUCCAGAAAAGCGUCAUCCGAGCGCCGCAACAAUUUAAAGCCAAGUUCAACAUUGGCGAACAUUCAAAAGACCCCGUAUUUAUCGAUGCAGAGCGACGUUUCCACGAGCUCGAAGUCGAAACCAAACACCUCCACGAUGAGAGUAAGAAGUAUUCCGAUGCCAUUAACGGCAUGCUCAACCACCAGAUCGAGUUCAGCAAAGCGAUGACCGAGAUCUACAAACCUAUAUCAGGUCGCAUGUCAGAUCCCGACUCGAUAGAGGUUCAAGGCAACCCCGAGGGCAUCCGCGCUUGCGAGGAGUAUGAGGCUGUCGUCAAAGAUUUACAAGAAUCGCUUAAGCCCGAGCUUGAGAUGAUCGAGUCGAGGGUUAUUCGCCCCGCGAAUGAAUUACUUGACGUACUCAAGGUCAUCAGGAAAACAGCUACAAAACGUGAACACAAGAAGCUCGACUACGACCGACACAAUGCGACACUCAAGAAAAUACAAGAUAAAAAAGAGAAGAGUGCAAAGGACGAGAAGGCCUUGUGGAAAGCAGAAAGCGACGUCGAGCAAGCUACCCAGGAAUUCAAUUACUUCAAUGAUCUCUUGAAGGACGAACUACCUAAGCUGUUCACCCUUGAGCGCCAAUUCAUCAAGCCGCUAUUCCAAUCAUUCUACUAUAUGCAACUGAAUAUCUUCUACACGCUCCACGAGAAAAUGCAACAUUGCGAUAUUGGAUAUUUCGACUUAACACUUGAUGUAGAAGAGGCAUUUGUGAAGAAGCGGGCAGAUAUCCUGGAGCAGACUGAACAGUUAACCAUUGUUCGAUUUAAGACUAGCGGUCAGAAGAAGCCACCCAAGUACGCGAACAAGCCAGCAGCAUUAGAGGCGGGACCGCGCCCUGCUGGAUUACUCACCGCAGGCACAUCCACCUCAUCCGCACCGAGCCCAACAUCAGUUAAAUACGGCCAAGAGUCGCAGGCAGAGCUUGUAGAAAAUCCCCCUCCGCCAUAUUCCGCUUCCGCUUCCGCAUCAGCAGCCGCCUUUAAGUCGCCACUAUCACCACCUCUAAGCAGCCCUAAAUCGCCAGGGCUAGCAGCGCUUGCAGCGGGGAAGCCAAAACCCCCUCCGCCGAAACCUAAGCCCAGCCGACUUAGCGGCGCGCCAGCCGUAGAAACAGUUACCGCUUUAUACGAUUACUCAGCCCAAGCCGAGGGUGAUAUCAGUUUUAGGGCAGGAGACAUAAUAGAAAUCGUUACCAGAACACAAAAUGAGAACGAGUGGUGGGUUGGCAAGUGUCACGGUAAACAGGGCCAGUUUCCCGGAAACUAUGUGAGAGUAGGCUAG